UAAAAGAAGAAAGCCUUAUUUUUGAAAUUGCCUGCUUCUGAUUUCAGUUCAUCACUUCUCGGCUCCAACAAGAAAAAAAAAAUGAAGAUUUUGUUACUGGGUACUUUUCUAUUUUUAUAUAAUAUUACAGCCCGGGCAAAAGAUAAGCAUUAUUAUAUUGGAAUUAUUGAAACAACUUGGAACUAUGCUUCUGACAAUGGGGAAAAGAAACUUAUUUCAGUUGACACGGAACAUUCCAAUAUCUAUCUUCAAAAUGGUCCCAAUAGAAUUGGAAGAUUAUACAAGAAGGCCCUUUAUCUUCAGUAUACAGAUGACACCUUUGAGACCACUGUAGAAAAACCUGUCUGGCUGGGGUUUUUAGGACCUAUUAUCAAAGCAGAAACUGGAGAUAAAGUUUAUGUACAUUUAAAAAACUUUGCCUCUAGGCCCUACACUUUUCAUUCACAUGGGAUAACUUACUAUAAGGAAAAUGAGGGGGCCAUCUACCCUGAUAACACCACAGAUUUUCAUAAAGCAGAUGAUAAAGUAUAUCCAGGUGAUCAGUAUACAUAUGUAUUGCAUGCCAGCCAAGAACAAAGUCCUGGUGAAGAAGAUGGCAAUUGUGUGACCAGGAUUUACCACUCCCACAUUGAUGCUCCAAGAGAUAUUGCCUCAGGACUCAUUGGACCUUUAAUAUUCUGUAAAAAAGGUUCCCUGGAGGAAGAAAAAGAAAAAAAUAUUGACCAAGAAUUUGUGGUGAUGUUUUCUGUGGUGGAUGAAAAUUUCAGCUGGUACCUAGAUGACAACAUUAAAACCUACUGCUCUGAACCAGAGAAAGCUGAUAAAGAUGACAAAGACUUUCAGGAGAGUAACAAGAUGUAUUCCGUGAAUGGUUAUGCUUUUGGAAGUCUCCCAGGACUCUCCAUGUGUGCAGAGGACAGAGUGAAAUGGUAUAUUUUUGGUAUGGGUAAUGAAAUUGAUGUGCACGCAGCUUACUUCCAUGGCCAAACACUGACUAACAAGAACUACCGUAUUGAUACAAUCAAUCUCUUUCCCGCUACCCUUUUUGAUGCUUUUAUGGUGGCCCAGAACCCUGGAGAAUGGAUGCUUAGUUGUCAGAAUCUAAACCAUCUGAAAGCUGGGUUGCAGGCUUUUUUCCAGGUACGAGAUUGUAAUAAGCCUUCAUCAGAGGAUGAUAUUCGUGGGAAACACGUUAGACACUACUACAUUGCUGCUGAAGAAAUCAUCUGGAACUAUGCACCCUCCGGCAUUGACACCUUCACCAAUGAAAAAUUAACAGCACCUGAAAGUGCUUCAGAGGUAUUUUUUGAACACGGUCGUACAAGAAUUGGAGGCUCUUAUAAAAAACUGGUUUAUCGUGAGUAUACAGAUGCAUCCUUCACAAAUCAAAAGGAGAGAGGCCCUGAAGAGGAGCAUCUUGGCAUUCUGGGUCCUGUCAUUUGGGCAGAAGUGGGAGACACCAUCAGAGUCACUUUCCAUAACAAAGCAGCAUAUCCCCUCAGUAUUGAGCCCACUGGGGUGAGAGUCAAUAAGAGCAACGAGGGCACAUACUACUCCUCACAUUACAGCUCUCAGAGUGGAAGUGUGCCUUCUCCUUCAGCCUCCCAUGUGGCACCCAAAGAAACAUUCACCUAUGAAUGGACUAUCCCCAAAGAAGUUGGACCCACUUAUAAAGACCCUGUCUGUCUAUCUAAGAUGUAUUAUUCUGCUGUGGAUCCCACCAAAGAUAUAUUCACUGGGCUUAUUGGGCCAAUGAAAAUCUGCAAGAAAGGAAGUUUACAUGCAAAUGGGAGACAGAAAGACAUAGACAAGGAGUUCUAUUUGUUCCCCACAGUGUUUGACGAGAAUGAGAGUUUACUCCUGGAUGAUAAUAUUAAAAUGUUUACAACUUCACCUGAUCAAGUGGAUAAGGAAGAUGCAGAUUUUCAGGAAUCUAAUAAGAUGCACUCCAUGAAUGGAUUUAUGUACGGGAAUCAGCCUGGUCUCAAUAUGUGCCAAGGAGAUUCUGUCGUGUGGUACUUAUUCAGUGCUGGAAAUGAGGCCGAUGUACAUGGGAUUUAUUUCUCAGGAAACACAUAUCUGUCAAAAGGAGAAAGGAGAGACACAGCAAACCUCUUCCCUCAAACAAGUCUUACACUCUUCAUGCAGCCUGACACUGAAGGGACUUUUGAUGUUGAGUGCCUCACAACUGAUCACUACACAGGUGGCAUGAAGCAAAAUUACACUGUGAACCAAUGCAGGCAGUUGUCCAAGAAUCCAAACUUAUACCUAGGCGAGAGGACCUAUUACAUCGCAGCAGUAGAGGUGGAAUGGGAUUAUUCUCCAAGUAGGGAAUGGGAAAAGGAGCUGCAUCAUUUACAAGAGCAAAAUGUUUCAAAUGUGUUUUUCGAUAAGGAAGAAUUUUUCAUAGGCUCAAAGUACAAGAAAGUUGUGUAUCUGCAAUACACUGAUAGCAUGUUCCAAGUUCCAGUGGAGAGAAAAGCUGAAGAAGAACAUCUGGGAAUUCUAGGUACUCUAACAACUCCAAUUCAUCAGAUGUGGGUUAGUGAUACACUGCCACGUGCAGUGACAGUCCAUGUUUAUGAGUUUAAUUUUCUUGGUUCAUAUAUCAAAGUGAAACUCGCACUUACAUAUGGAAAAUCCCGGAAAGAUCUGGAGCUGGAAACGAGGAUUCUGCUUGUAUUCCAUGGGCUUACUAUUCGACUGUGGACCAAGUUAAGGAUGCAAUUAUAA